UUCACUGCACAGAUGACUUUACAAGACAUAUUUUAAACAAACGUUCCAUUUGUCAGUUUGCUCUCCCAGUUUGGGUGCCAAAUCCUUGCAGUUCCCUAACUGAAUUCCCUCUUUGGUCUCUCAGGCAAAUCAGGAGAUGCUGGGGAGAGGUGGAAAAAAUAAGAUGAGAGAAAAAUAUCAGGAGUUUUAAUAACCAGCUGAUCAGUUGGCCACCUACACACACUGUACCUUUCAUAAGGACUGGAAAUCCUGUCUCUACUUCCAAAUCACAGAUUUUGGAUUCACUCCUAAGUAAAGGCAAACAUGACCGUUUUUUCCUCCAUCACUCUCGGGAAGACAAUAAUAGAUGUCUGUUGAGAGAAGGUGUGGUGGGAACUGCUGGUUCUGCCCAGGUGGGAGAGCUGAGGACAGAUCUGAAAACUACGGUGCCUUCACCAGCCUCCACGGAAAUGCUGAAAUACAUGAGAGGCAGGUUAAGUUCCUGCAGGAGGUCUCCUCGGUCAUGGUUAUUCCCCUAGCAACUUCCGAUUUUGACGAAACGAAUAGCUCCCUUCUACUUGAAUUUUGGAAUUCACCCAAACCUCUCAUCUGUUUGUUUGAAAAUGUAGAAAAUUUUACAGAUGAGAAUCCUGCUCACAAAGGGAGAACUGGAAUCAAGAAUCUAAAUAAAAUAGAAUUAGCUGAUAAAAUUGCAGCUGCCUUAACCCAGUUGCUGAAAAAAACUCUGGAUCUCCCAAUAUUGACUGCGACAAUAUUGCUAGGAAGUAUGAGCUUAUUAUUGAUGAGGACCAAAGAGAUGGCCAAGAAGCAGGAAAAGCAGCUGACAUCCUUAUGGACAUCUUGAGAAAAGUAAAAUUAUCUGAGAUAAAGUAGAAGUUAAUAUCUCUUCGGAGAAGUCUAUGGCAUGAUUGGUGUAAGAAGGAUGCGGAACUUCAUCAGCUGAGGAAAAACGGAAACAGGAGUACCAGAAAAAGACUGAGGAGGAAAAGCUGAAAAUGCACCGUGAACAGUAUCUCAAAGUUAUUAACCCUAAUGACCUGAUGAAGUCCCUGCUUAAAAGUCUUCUGUCUCCUUUCUGCAGGGCUGGGUAUGUUAAUGGACCAACUAACCACAUCAGAGCCAGAGAAGCUCCACCAGAGACACAGUUCCCUGUUGGCUCAGGUGCGAACAGAGAAGCAGAAGCGUCAAGGAGAGACUUCCUCAGAUGCUGGGAGGCUGAGCUAGAAGCUGUCUCCAAAGAGAUCAGGGACUUUGCCCUAGGAACUGAACAUCGCUUAGAGGUGGGUCAGAUCUCUGAAGCUCUUGAAGAAGGUUCCUCCACAAAAGACACCUUGUUUCUCUCCCUUCCCCACAUGGCUGCAGAUCUGAUGCUAUCUGGUGUUCCCACUGAGUUGGUGGAUGGCGAUGCUUCAUAUGUGCCCCUGAGGUGGGUGGCAGCUGCUUCUGACAAGGUCUCUGAGAAACUUGGAGACAAAAAGGUGUUUGUUCUCUCUGUCCUUGGCCUGCAGAGCUCAGGGAAGUCCACCCUACUGAAUGCCAUGUUUGGGCUGCAGCUGAGCCACAGGGCUGGGAGGUGUACUUGGGGUGCCUACAUGCAGCUUCUGAAGAUGGACGAGGCACUCAGAGAACAGCUGGGCUUUGAUUUUAUGCUCAUUGUGGACACAGAAAGACUUCAGCCUUUGGAGCUCGUAAACAAAGCACAGAAUGAGGAAAAUGAGUGGGCAACUCUUGUCAUUGGACUUGGAAACCUAACUGUAAUCAAUAUUUUUGGGAAGGAUUUAUCAGAAAUAAAGGAUCUUCCACAAAUAGCUGUCCAUGCCUUUCUCAGGAAACAACUGAGUAUCUCACCAAGGUGCUUAUUUGUUCAUCAGAACAUAGAAGAAACUAUAGACACAAAUCAAAGUAUGGAAAGGGAGAGGUGGCUGCAAGAGAUACUAGAGGAAAUGACAAUUGCAGCAGCCACAUGUGAACAGUGCUCAGAGGUGCGCCACUUCAGUGAUGUCAUUACGUUUGAUGCCAAGACCCACACCCAUUACUUUGCUCACCUCUGGGAAGGUUCUCCCCCAAGGGCACCUCCUGAUGUUCAGGAGCUGAAAGGCAGGAUUCCUAGAAAUGCCAAAGAAGAAUCCAAAGGAAGUAUUUUGAAGAUAUCAGAACUUAAAGUCAGGGUUCGGGAUUUACAGAUGGCUUUAGUGAAUCAGAACUUCAUUUUCAGGUUCAAGAACACUCAAGAGGUCACAGCCAUGAAUAAACUGGAGAUCAAGUACACCAGCUGGACCUGGGACCUGAGAAGCCAAGUGCUAGACUUGCAGAAUCGGCUGACCAACCAGAUUCAGAACAGAGAAGUCAAAGAGAUCAAGAGACGCUCAGUUGAGAUUCGAGUCGUGGAAAAACAUGGAGUCAUUAAGCAAGAAUUUAAACGGUAUUUUCGAGAAGACAGAAAUUGAGAUAUCUCGGCUCAGUGGAAAGGAGUAUUUGACGUUGAUUUGAAGAAUCUUAAAGAGGAUCUUAUAGUAGAAACUAUGAAAAAUGUGAGGAUUUCAUUAACAGAAAGAAAACACAAGACCUUCUGAAGGAGCAAAAAGUAAAACUGGAACAUAGGUUAUUGGAAAAAGUCAGAGGGACGGCUGUGUCCCCCAACAGGAAUGAAUUCCAUGAUAAGGAGCUGAGAGGUACAUUCAACACGAUCUGGGAGAAGAACGUGCCCAUUCAGUUGCCUCCCACACUCCCACAUCUGACGACGGUCCUGAUACUGAUAUUGAGCUAGAGAACAUUCUCCUGGAGCAUUUUAAACAGCAUCCCAAUAUUGUGAACAAAAUACAGUAUCACCAAUACAAAGAAGCCAUCUUCUAUCAAUUAUCCUAAACACUCCAUCCCCUGUCAAAAGUCCCAAGCGUACUGACCCUCUGUGGAAGAGUUUGAAGAGGAUAUCAUAGAGAAGACAAUAGCUCAGAUUAGGAAGUUGGUUAAAGAUAUCACACACGGAAGAGAAGAAGAGAAUGAGGGUUGCAGUUGUAGUUACUCAUAUGAAAUUCUGCAAGUGAUCCAUACUGAGGCUGAGGCUGCAUCUCAAGGAGUCAGAUUUAGGCUGACAAACAGAUACAAACUAGAUCUUGCCCAAGAGCUACUGCAAGAGGCAGCAUAUCAUUUUAAAAAGAUGCACAUUGCAUUCAAGGGAGCAAACAACCCUGUUCUGUAUUGAGAAAGCAAAAGAGAAGAAUUUUUUACUAAUUUUAAGUUGACCUACAAAAGCUGCCACCAUAUUGACUGACUUCCUUUGGUGUAAGGAGUUUCUGCUACUUUAUGAAUUGGGAUAAACAGCCAAGGAGUUUGUUCCUCACCUAGCUUUUCUCUUCCUCUAUUGCACUGCUUUCUGUAAAGAGCACUUUUGUAACACAGAUACUCAAACCCAUCCAAGUAAACACUACAGUUUGCAUCUUCUCUGGGAGUUUUACAAUUAAUACAUGGUUCUGUAAACAAAUCUCCAAAGUAGUGUU